GUGUCUGCCCCCAACUCCCCUUCCUACUCCCAGAAAGCUUCUGGGCAAGUCACUAGGGUGUCAGGGUGCUUCACCCAGUCUGGGGGAGGUAGCACGAGGGGUCUGUCUAUGCUGUACCUCAGUCUCAGCUGGUUGCUUUUGGUCUUGGAGCUGGGCCUGGUGUUGGGGUCUAAGUGCCCCACAUCCUGCCAGUGCCUGGCCCAGGAAGUCUUGUGCUCCGGGGCCGGACUGACCGAGUACCCCGACAACUUGCCCCUGGACACCCGCCGGCUGUCCCUGGCCCACAACAAUCUGACUGUCCUGCCAUCUCUGGAGCUGGGGCUGCUGCGCGACCUGGUGUUCCUGGACUGCUCACACAACCAGCUGAAGGAAGUACUGGAGUCCACCUUCGCGGGGCUGAUCCGCCUGCUGAACCUGGAUCUCAGCUGCAAUCAGCUGACUGUGGUGGGACCAGGCACCUUCUCCCCACUGCAUGGGCUACUGCAGCUCAACCUCUCACACAACCCACAGCUGCAGACGCUACCCCCCAAUGCCUUUGGCAAUGACAGUGCCCUGCAGCUUCUUGACCUGCGCCACGCUGGCCUGCACCGCCUAGAUCGCACCUCCUUCUCUGGCCUCUCUGCCCUGAACACCCUCUACCUCAGUGGGAAUCCCUGGAGCUGCAACUGCUCCCUGCUGGACUUCACCAUCUUCCUGCUGGUGAAGCACCACAGCUACCCAGAUGAGCUGAACGCCACGUGUUCGGAGCCAGUCGAGAUGGCCGGAUGGCCCAUCGCGGAAGCUGGGAACCCACUGCGCUACCUGUGCCUCACGAACCUAAAUGUGCUAGACUACCUCUUCCUGUUCCUCAUUGGCUUCUGCAUCUUUGUGGGCGGCACGCUGGCCGCCUGGAUGACCGGCGUGUGUGCAGUGCUCUACCAGAGGGCGCUGCACACCGCAGAGGAGGAGGACGAGGAAGAGCACCUGUGGAACCACAGUCGGAUGCAAGCUGGCCACGACAGCUUCCCGCAUUUCAUCUAGGGGGCCCCACUGUGCUCAGGACCCCCCCCCCCCCAGAUUGGCCUAACCAGCGGGUCUAACUUUCCCACUGCUUGGCCCCCCCCCCCCCCCCCGCCUGGCCUAACCCCCCACACACAACCCCACAGCCUUCCCUGGGAUCCUAAAUUGCCCUGCAGGUACCCACCACCACCACCCCACUGUCUGCUGGUACCCCUAGACUGGUCUCCAAGUACACCCAUUCCCACUGUCUG